GUACGAAGAUUCGGAAGAAACGCAAAGCCUUGGUUUCCCCCUUCGUCUCGAUUGGCCUCGUUUAGGGCGGGAGAGAGAUUCUUGCAUUUCUCCUCUCUCUCUCUCUCUCUCUCUCUCUCUCUCUCUCUCUCUCUCUCUCUCCGCUGCUUCAAGAGUUUGCAGUCUGGCUUUGGCAGGCUUUUUCGAGACCCAGGUGGAAAUUCGCGCUGACGAGUAAUCGCGUCUUGAACCGGAAAUAGACCAGAAAGAAUGGGUUAUAUCGGAGCUCAUGGUGUAGCAGCUCUCCAUAGGUACAAAUACAGUGGCGUUGAUCACUCUUAUCUUGCCAAAUACGUGCUUCAACCCUUUUGGACCCGAUUCGUCAAUUUCUUCCCGCUAUGGAUGCCACCCAACAUGAUAACACUCAUGGGGUUUAUGUUUCUUGUCACGUCCGCUGUGUUGGGUUAUAUAUAUUCACCGCAGUUGGAUUCGCCCCCUCCACGAUGGGUUCAUUUUGCACAUGGUUUACUUCUAUUUUUGUAUCAGACAUUUGAUGCUGUUGAUGGGAAGCAAGCACGCCGAACAAGUUCCUCCAGCCCUCUGGGAGAGCUUUUUGAUCAUGGUUGUGAUGCACUUGCUUGUGCGUUUGAGAGCAUGGCAUUUGGGAGCACUGCUAUGUGUGGAAGAGAUGCUUUCUGGUUUUGGGUUAUUUCAGCUGUUCCCUUCUACGGAGCAACAUGGGAACACUAUUUCACCAACACCCUUAUUCUUCCGGUAAUCAAUGGACCUACAGAGGGUCUUGCACUUAUAUAUGUCAGCCAUUUCUUCACGGCCGUAGUUGGUGCCGAAUGGUGGGCUCAGCAGUUUGGGAAUUCCUUGUCAUUGUUUAGUUGGGUGCCAUUUGUUAAUGAGGUUCCGACAUACAGAGUUGUACUGUACAUGAUGGUUGCUUUUGCCGUCAUACCAACUGUAGCAUUCAAUGUGUCUAAUGUUUAUAAAAUUGUUCAGUCAAGAAAAGGGAGCAUGCUGCUCGCGUUGGCUAUGCUUUAUCCCUUUGGUGUGCUUCUUGGAGGAGUUUUGAUUUGGGAUUAUUUGUCGCCAACUGAUCUCAUGGGAACGUAUCCUCAUCUAGUUAUACUGGGAACCGGGCUUGCAUUCGGUUUUCUUGUGGGAAGGAUGAUUCUGGCUCACCUGUGCGAUGAGCCAAAAGGGCUCAAAACCAACAUGUGCUUGUCGUUGCUUUAUCUUCCCUUGGCAAUUGCAAAUGCCCUGACGGCGAGACUGAAUGAUGGAGUUCCUUUAGUUGAUGAGUUCUGGGUUCUUCUCGGCUACUGCAUAUUCACUGUGUCAUUGUACUUGCACUUUGCAACUUCAGUCAUUCAUGAGAUCACUUCGGCCCUCGGGAUCUACUGCUUCAGGAUUACUCGUAAAGAAGCCUGAGAAUAAACCUUCUGAACUGAAAGAAGAUCUACGGGGUAUGCCCUCUCUCUUCGGUCCUUCAAGUUCACAUUUUUGGCGUGACAUUGAUGGAUGAUACGCGUUCCAUCUUUUUUCAGGGGUUGAUCAAUUUUUAUAAGUUCAGUCAAAGAUGAUUCUGGGUCUUUUGGGGUUUUUCCUUUCUUACAUUUUUUUUUUGGUUGGCAUCAGAUAAUUUAUUUAUGAUUUCAGUCGGAUGUUUUGAGGAAAUUUUGGAAAUAAUGAACUAUUAUAAGCUUCGUUACGAAAAAAAGUAGAUGUACAUUAUAUUUUAUAAAUUUGAUUAGAUUUUUGGGGUUUGUC